UUUCCUCCUCACCACAUCAUCUAAACGCGAUAUAAAUAAUCUCUAUAAUUGAAGAAUCCGAAAGAAUAAAUCUCAACAAAAUUAAUCCUCAAAUUUUCUAGAAAUAUUCUAAAUUUGUUCGGUGAAAUCAAUAAUUCAGAAAAAAUUCUAUAGAUCUAUCUAAAUUUCUCUGAAUUACUUCGACUUUCUUUUUUCGUUUUUUUGGGGGUUUUUAAUCAAUAAUUUUGAAGGGGUUUUGAUCUUUGUUGCUUAUGAACGAAAAAGGAUCGAUGAUGAAUCAACAAGUGAUGAUGAGUAUGAAUCAACCUCAGAUCAUGAAUCCUCAUCUUCAACUACAACAACAGAUGUUUCAUUCACAGAUGCAACAGCCGCAACCAUCAAUGAUGACUCGGAGCCAUGGGAUGUGGCCGCCGACAAUGACAAUUGAUCAGAUGAAGUUUCAAAACCCUAAUGUUAUGAAGGGUCAUGGAUUUGUUGCCGGAGGAACGCAGUCGAAAAACUUAGGACCUAGGAACAAUUGGAAGGGUAAAAAGGGAAAUAAGAAUGAUAAGAGGAUGGUGGAUAUUGGGAGGAGAAAAGAAAAGGCCAUAAUGGCUACUGGGUAUAUAAGUGGUGAUGGAAAUGUUGGAGGAUUUGGUGGUGGAUAUAAGCCACCAACACUUAAUGAAUUGCAAUAUCAGAAUAGAUUAAAGGCCAAGAGAUUUUUCCCUAAGAAGAAAUUUUAUCAUAACAAUAACAAUAAUAAUAAUAAUAAUAAUAAUAUGGGUGCCCCUUUUGCUCCCAGGAACACGACGUCGUUUAUUAUUCGGGCAAAGAAGAGUGGUGGUAUUGCCUCAUUGGUGUCACCCUGUCCCGUGACUCCGGCAGUAUUGCCAACUCCAAAUUUCUCUCCGUCGAGGGAGGUAUUGGUGGAUAUGGCGAAGGAGGAGUGGGGGGUUGAUGGGUAUGGAUCGAUGAAGGGUUUGAUUAGAUUGAGAUCACCGGGACAUGAGAUGGAGUUACACGAGGAAGAAGAGGAAGAUGAGGAAGGAGGAUCAAGCGAGAGUGAUGUGGAAGAACACGUGGAGGUAGAAAGGCGAUUGGAUCAUGACUUGAGCCGGUUUGAGAUGAUUUACCCGAAUUCUGGUGGUUUGGAGUAUAACAAUGUUUUGGAGAACCGUGUGGACGAUCAGGAUUCACAUAUUGCUCAGUUGGAGGAAGAGAAUUUGAUAUUGAAGGAGAGGCUGUUCUUGAUGGAGAGAGAGUUUGGUGAUUUGAAGAGGAGGUUGCAAAGUCUUGAGAGGCAGGGCUGUGGAUUUGACGAGAUUAAUGAGGAGGUAGUGGAGAAUGAGUCUGAGGAGAGUGAAAGCCAUGGAGAGUCCCAUUCUGCAGAAGAACAUAAUGUGGAAUUCCUUGAACAGAACAUGGAAGGAGGAGACCGGGAUGUGAAAGCGGAGGAAGACAAGGCAAAUGAUGGGGAUAAUGAAUCUGCACAGGAGGAGAAAGUGGAGGGACAUGAAGAAUUUAAUCUUACUCUGCAUGAUGAACCUCCUAAAAACGAAAUCAUUGCACAUGCUGGUAUUAAGUGUGAAAGAAACGAGGAUGCGAAUGUGAGGGAUGAGAACAAGGUUGAGGUUACUCAAAGAAAUGAAGAUGGUAAAAACAACAUUGAGUCAUCAGAUAAUGCAGGCGUUGGAGAUGAAACUAUGGAGGAGGCUUCUCUACCUGAUGCUGAAGCUGUUGUGCAGACAAAUACAGAAGAUGAAGAACCAGGAAAUGAAUGAUCAGAGAAGAGUAUUUACUAUGGUGACUUGUCUAAGUUUUACCUCAGUAAUGUUAGUCUCUUUUCUGCGAAGUUCUUUCUUGCAAUUUGGCUGACAUUUCAUCUGGAGUUAAAGAGUAGAUAAACUUUAGCCUUCCUUUUGGCAACAUCUAGAGAAAUAAUGUUCUGUAUGCUGUGAUUGCAGACCUUCUACAAGUGCAUAGGGUGUAGCAUUAUUGCGUACUGUGUCAUUUUCUGGUCUUUUUUUUCUUUUUCUAAAAUUAUGUUUUUUGGAGCUGUUUGUAGGAAGUAAAUUGGUUUUAAGUCUUCCUCAGUACAUCAUAUCAGACUGUAAUAAUCGUUGAAGUAACUUUGGAGUUUUUCAUAUAAACUGUUUCAUAUGCUGUUAAUCAUUCUGCAUAUCUUUAA